AUGAAUUUAUUUGGUGUCGCAUUACAAUUGUUCGAUAUGCCUAAACCAGUACAAAAACCAACAAGUACAACAUUGAUUUUAAAUACAAGUACAUGUCAGUCCACGAAACGACAACAAGGUGGUCGAAAAAUAUUAAUGAUACCAUAUAAUAUAUUUACGAGAGCAACGUUAACAAAAAACGGUGGGCUGUUUCACAAUUUGCCAUCAACAGUUGUCGAUGACGCACCGGCUGUGUUAGUGAAGGAUAAAUUGAUUUUUGAAGACAAAUGGAUAAUCAAAGUGAGCAAAGCUUACAGAAAAAUUCCACCACCAGACGAUCAAAACGAACGUGACCAACUCGAGAAGACAUUGAAUGUUUAUGCUGUACAAUUGAAAGAAUAUGAAGAUAUAUAUGCACAAUCAUCAAGACCACCUACAAGCACAUUAUCAACUAUGUUUUGUCAACACUUAUUAAAUUACCCAAUUUAUAUCAAAGAAUAUCAUAAAUAUCACGAUUUACCGUACUUGAAAGAAGGAAUUGAUGAAUUGAUCAAAGAUGGUGCAAUCAAAGAAAUACUCGAAAAUGGUAAGAAAGAAUAUAAACUCAAAGACAUAUCUAAGUCACUAAAUUGGACUCAUAAAACGGCGGCCAGUUCAUCAUCAUUAUUACAACUAUUACCGAUACAAUCACAAUUGAGUAAUGUUCAAUCAGCUAUACAGUCGACACAUUUGUCCCUACAACCAUCGUCACUAGAUUCGAGAGAUAUUGCACUGCAGACAUUAUCAUCAUCUACAAGUAAUGUAGCAUCAUUACCAACAAAUAAUCCGUCUACAACACAAAUAACUGCAAUAGCGGUAACACCAGGCAAUCAUACAACAGGAAACCAUUGCAAUGAUAACAACAUUGUUCUACACUCGUCAUCAUUCGUGCUGGAUAAAGAACCAUAUACGAAUAAUCAUGAUACGAGCAAGGGUGCAUGCGCAGAUUCAAUGGAUACACAAAAUGUACAACGCCCUGAUGAAAUGUCACAUAGUGAUCUAGGUUUCGAUGAUGAUCCAAAGGCUAAUUCUGUAAGCGACAUCACUGGUAUACUGAUGGAUAUUACUAAUUCAAUAACAAGAUUAAAUGACGACAAUACUUCUCGCAGAACCAUGGCCGAAUUGAACAGAGUAACAAAUAAUAAAAAACAAGAUGCGAUAACUGAUUCGCAGGCAUCAACAAAUGAUGCUACGAUCAUGAAAUGUUGUGUAAAAAUCUUAUUACAUCAUUCAUGUGUUAUGAUGAAAAGUGACAUUUCCAAAACCACAUCGCAUUAUAAUAAAAAUAGAGAUUUAGCAAUCAACAAGCUACUUGACGAGAAGUUAAUUUCGUCUGGUUUAUAUUUUGCACAUACAAACAAAGCAACGGGUGAUGAUCAGCCGAAUAAAACAGUAGGCUAUAUGAAGUGUUUUCCACCUGCCAGUACUGGAGUCGAAUGGAUGGAAUUUAAUGAUUGUUUGGAGGCAAAUGGCGUCAGCUGGGACAAUUAUUUAAAAUCGUUUAAUUUUGGGCAGAUAAUUCAAUAUGACCGAGAGAUGAAUUUACCGAUCAUAGCUAAAACCAAUGCAUUUACUAAAACGACGUCACAUGGACUGACAGACGAUUUUGAAGAAAUUUUGAAGUUUAAUUCACAUUAUAAUCAAUACGUGCGAUAUGAUGAUAAAGCUAUUAUUCGUCUAAAGGAAAAAGUUAGGACAAAUCUAUCCGCUGUCGAUGAGUUUUAUAUGGCAAAUGCAUCAAAAUCAAGGAAAAAUAAACAAGGAUCAUCGGCAUCACAAACAACAAAGGUAAUUAAGAGAAAAUAUGGACAUGAUCAAACUACAACUGACGAUACCGACUGUACUCAAGCAAAACAAAAACGAAAGUCAGUUCGAACCCCGAUACCGAGGAUACAGUUUGAGACAUAA